AUGCCUGAAUCCCGUGAAGAUUCUGUCUACCUCGCUAAGCUCGCUGAGCAGGCAGAGCGAUAUGAAGAAAUGGUCGAGAACAUGAAGCGAGUUGCCUCGUCAGACCAGGAACUCACUGUCGAGGAGCGUAAUCUACUCUCCGUCGCCUACAAGAAUGUUAUCGGUGCCCGCCGUGCUUCAUGGAGAAUCGUCUCCUCAAUCGAGCAGAAAGAAGAGUCGAAAGGCAACGAGGCUCAAGUAUCCAUGAUCAAGGGCUACCGGGAGAAGAUUGAAAGCGAGUUGGCAAAAAUCUGCGAGGACAUCCUCGACGUCCUCGAUAAGCAUCUGAUCCCUUCUGCGGCGUCAGGCGAGUCGAAGGUGUUCUACCACAAGAUGAUGGGCGACUACCACCGUUACUUGGCCGAAUUUGCCACCGGCGACAAGCGGAAAGACAGCGCUGACAAGUCUUUGGAGGCGUACAAGGCUGCUUCGGACGUUGCUGUCACUGAGCUACCUCCCACACAUCCUAUCCGUCUUGGUCUUGCCCUCAAUUUCUCUGUCUUCUACUACGAAAUUCUCAACAGCCCCGACCGCGCAUGCCAUCUCGCCAAGCAGGCAUUCGAUGACGCUAUUGCCGAGCUCGACACUCUAUCCGAGGAGAGUUACAAAGAUUCGACACUCAUCAUGCAACUCCUCCGCGACAACCUCACGCUCUGGACGUCCGACAUGCAGGACUCUGGAUAAGCCUCCUAUUGAGAAAGAGGAGCCCGCUGACGCACCGGCUGACGAAUAGAUGCUACGCUUGUUUUUUAUUACCGUUCUCACGUAUUUCGACCCUUGACGUUUCAUCGUCGUGCUUCUUCUCUGCAUCAACCCUCUCAUUCAUUGUCAUCUGCAUACACACCCUCACCAGCCGCGAUGUUAUAUUAUCCGUAG